AUGAAGUGUCGUAAUUGCUUCGGUCGGACACGAUACCUGGGACUGCGACUACACGCCGCCGUGACCGAAAAUGGUCCACAUAGCUCAACGCAGCAGAGGCCGGCGACAGAACUCCAGCCGACCCCACCUCCAGACCAAGCUGAGAAUGAUCGCAGUCGAAGGUCACUCGCUCCAUCGCCCGACAUCCCACCUCGUCAGGCAUCCAGCCAGGGCCAGGGUCAUGAUCAGCAAGCAGAAAGGUUCCAAUCCGUUCCGUGUGUUGUGUCGUGCAGGCAAUGA